CGUCGUCGAUUCACUCGUAACCUCGACGUAAAUGUAUCCUUCCAAAAAAUAAUAAUAUAAAAAUAAACCCAAGCUGAAAGGACGAAAUAGAUUAUCAUCGAUAACAUUCAUCACCCAACAACACCCAUCCACCAACCGAACCAAUCACAAAAACGCAACUAAGGACUUAGGACUCUAUUAAAAAACUAAAACCCCUGAUGAUGAUGAUGGUCGUCCUCGAUGUCAGUGUCGUCUGCUAUAUCAUGCAGAAUUUCAACCAUGGAUAUCCUGUUGAAUGCAAUAUUACCCUCGUUUUCAACACAUUUUACACGUAAGCUUAAAACCUAUGUAUGUUCGAACGUUGGAAAGUUAAGGAAAGGAGCUUUUCAUUCAAUAUCAAUCUGAUGGGUAAAUUUAAAAGUUCAAAUUCUCUAUGAGGUUUUUAUCGGUUCGGUUCGGUAGCGGUAAGGUGAUGCGGUUCGGCGUACAACAAUCAUUGUUAAAACAACCAGGACUCUAUGUGUGCUACUGCUAUGUUUGGGAUAAAACAUAAGAGAUAAGUUCGUUUUGUUGUUAUCCUUGUUUGCUGACUAAAAAAUGGUUUAGUUCAACAACAAGUGUAUUUCGGGAAGGAGCGCAUAAUUCCAGGUUGAUCUUUUAAACUGAUGUUACAUUAAUGAAUAAUGGUCCAAGAUUUCACAACUUCCUUUGUUCAAUUUGAAACAUUUGCACUGUCCCAAAUGGCAAAACAACCUGAACUAAUCGAAGAUCCUUCAACUCCUUUUAUACCUAAAUUUUGGACAAAUAGAGAAUCAACAAAUUCAAUGAAUAAAAGUGAAUCAUCGACAUCAUUUUAUGAAACAAAAUUCGAAAGUAAUUUAGAAGAAUUUUACUUAUCACCGAGGCGAUCAGGCCGAAUAGCAAAUCAAUCAAAAAUUAACUAUAAUGAAAAUAUACCAAAACUAUUCGAUAAACAAAAGAAUAAUAAAAGACACAAAAAGAGUAUUUUUAGCUCAAAGGAGAAAUUAUCAAAUACAUAUAGAACCAGAGCAAUAAGAAAGCUUUUCAAAAAACCCACAGAUAGUGCUGACGUUUCGAAACCAAAAUCCCAUACCAAAAAUGAAUCAAACGGAAAUGCUGGACAAAUUUCCACAGUCCCUAACUCACUCAAAAUAUCAAUUCCCUUGAUACACACAAAACUUCUAACUGCUACUUCAGCAAUCACAAAAGCCAGUCUUAAACUUUUUGAAGAUGGUCUAGCAGUAAGAAAAACCAACCAUAGAAAUUCUGGAGGAAGAGAAUUCGUUCCUGAUAAUUUCAGACACUGGUCAUUAAAAAAAUCGAAGAAAAGAAAACAAAUUGAUUUAAAGAAUGUCUCAGAAGUUGAAAACGUGCCGGGAAAAGAUUUUGCAGGUAUUUUUAAAAGUUCUAACGACGAUGAAGAAGUUGUUUUUGUUAAUUCAUGGAAGCAAACUGAUCCAAUUAAGCAGAACUAUAUAAGCAGAUCGUUUGGUGUUAAGAGGUCUGCAUUUAUCCAAGCAUCAAAACAAUUGGCAAAAUCUAGCACAAAUAACGGUUUCAUUGAAAAUAAAUCAAAGAAACGGAAGAUCGUUGUGGACAUUAUCGAAAGUUCUGGAGAAAGAGAUCAGCACUCAGUUGACCGUAUGGAAAUAUCGAAUGAAGUUGAGAAGCAGAAGGUUCUUGAAUUUGGAAAUGAAGGAAUGGAAAUAUCAAACGAAAGUAAUCAAUUUUCAGAGGAAAUCCGUCUUAAACACGCUCAACAUUGCAAAGAAGACGAAAAAGUAUUGAUGACAUCUUCUAAGCCUGAACAGAGUAUUACUAGUUUUACAAGUGUCUCAAGAGUUUCUGUUGAAAAAGAAUUUCCUUUAGACUUAAGCAUUAUGGAUGUUUCAGAAGAAUUUUGGAAAACCAAAAAACUUGGAAACAGAAACCACAGUACUCUCGCCGAGUAUGAAUUUUCUGAGAAUUCAACAAUAAUGGAGGUUUCAAGUGAGUUAUCCUUUUCAACUACGAAAAAAAUAUCAUCUAAUAAAGAUGACACAUGCAAACCCGUAGAAAGGCUUUCAAUGUUUAAUUCAUUGAAGAACAACUGUGAAAUUGAAAAGGCUCCCAUACCCAAACGAUUAUGUACAGAAAAACUAGAAACAAUUCAAACUUUUUCAAAAAAUAAAAUCACCAGGACUAGAUCUUCUAGUUUAGGUUAUGCAGAAUGUACUCAACUUUCUGAGAAUCUAUCAAGUAUGAAAAUAUCACACACAACUCAGAAGCCAACAUAUAUCAACAGUAAGGUUUUGGAAAAGAAUGAUGAGCCUUUCGAUUUAACAAUAUCUGAGUUAUCAGAAGAUUUUCAAAAUUUGACAAGGACCAAAGACCCACAAACCGAUACUCCAAAUCCAACUUCUCCUGGCAAUAUUGAGACUUUCAGGGAAAAUGAUGAUAAUGAUGUUAUGUUUCUUGAAACAAAUAAGUCGUCAGAAUAUCAUCAGUCGCAGACCUCUAAUUCGACAAUAAAUGAUGUAUUGGAUGAAAACAAAAAUGAUCUUCGAAAAAAUGAAAGAAAAAUCAUUGAGCAAUUGGAGUCACUAAUUGAAAAAUGUCCUCGAGAUGGAAGUGAGAAUUUAAAUGAAGAUAAUUCAGUGGAAAUAACAAAUGAUUUCGAGAACCGGUCUGAAACAGUAGUUCUUGGUGAAGUCGAAAUAUCUUUACAAAAUUCGGACAUCGGUAGUGAAGUUGAAGUCAUUGAAGAGGGAUCCAACAUGAACAGUUCCGAACACCUAGAUGAAGACAGAAAAGAGGAAAAAUGA